AUGUUUUAUAUGAUAAGUGGACUUAAAACAAAAUUAUCAAUAGAGCCAAACUAUUUAGAUCAAUUAAAAGAUUAAAAGUUUAUUUUAGAAUAAAUCGUAUAGAAAUUAGAAGGCAAAUACUUUGAUGAUGUUGGGUACAUUAUUUGUAUAAAUAAAUGCAUGAAUUACAAUUAAAAUUAGGAUGAAUAAAUUGAUGCAUUAAUUGAAGAGGAUGGAACUGUUAAAGUAGUGGUAUUAAUUCAUUUCUAAUCAGAUAAAAUUUGAAGCUAUAGUAUUUAAAAUAUAGGAAAAGGAAAUAGUGGAUGUUGAAGUGGUCAAAUGUGAAGCUUAGGCGGUCUUUGCAAAAUUAGGGCCAAUUGAUUUUAUAAUUCCAAGAGAUAAAUUACCUGCUAAUUUCACCUAUUCUAAUGUAUUUUAUUAGAUGUAAGCUUAGGAAUCUUAUAAAGAAGAAGAUGAAGAAAUGAUAAAAUAAGGUACUAAAUUAAGAGUCUAAGUUUAAAAAACAAAUUAUAAACAGGGGAAAUUAAGAGCAUUUGCUCAUUUAACUGGUGAUAAUUUAGACAAUAUUUGUGGCAUACUAAGUGAUGAAUUGAAGUUAUGA